ACGUCAGUCGCACAGAGUUAUUGUGGGGAUGUUGGGCACAAAAGACGCCAGCGGGCAGACUGGAAUCUCUAGUUCUGUCGGAAGCCAAUAGUGGCAAGUCAUCAGUGAUGGCCGGUCUUAAAAUGCCAAAAGCUACGGACAAAGAAAAGGAGCGUGUAAAAUGGAUGUUCGAGUGUGAUAAUCCUACGCCUCUUGCGUUCUAUCGAUUCAUAAAUCCAACUCAUAAAUCUCGCGCGAUUGAAAAAUAUCUUAAUACUAUCAAUUCAGUACUGGAACGCAAUCGUAAAAACAAGGCGAUACAAAAGAAGCUUACAGCAAUACGAAAGAAAUUUGACGAUGGAGAAUACAAACAAGACUGGGAAGUAUGGAUGCAGGAAAAAAGAGCGGCUCAAGUUCACUGCUCGAUUCAGAAGACCAAUAUAAACGUUCACAAGAAAUUCAAUUCAUUAGUAGAAAGUCAGAGUGUUGAUGUAAAACAAGACGAAGGCGAAGCCGAUGACGAUCAAGAUAGGGAACGAGAUGAUCAACGAUCACAAAUAGAAAAUGGAUCUGAUGCUGUUGCGGUUAAAUCAGCGGGGAAAAAAAAUAAAAUUCAAGAACUUUUCAAUGACAUGAAGAAAUGCAAUAUAUAUAUGUUGUGUGAACCAUUUGGAGAAAAAUCAAGGAUGGAUGCGGGGGACUUUUUCGAGAGCAUUGUUCGUAACACUACUGUUGAAGUUGAUAUUCCUAAAGAUAUCAAAAAAUACCUCUCGAUUUUGCUCACUGAGGAGGACGUUGAAAAUGCGUUAUCGAAAGUAAAGGAGCCACUUAACAGUGACGCGUGCCCAUUACUGUUAUGGACAAGUGAGAUUUGUCGGCACUUUAUUUUUUACUUUUAUUACGGCGGGUUGCAAAUAGAUGGUGACGAAAAAACUUGGUCUAACCAAACGGUCUAUCGCAUUCUGGAUUUAUUUUCUAUGUUUUUCGGAAAAUUGACAUCAGGAAUUGCUCUUGGAGAAAUUGUAAAUGAGGCACACAAAGAUAGAAUUUAUAAUAUUAAUGUUGAUCAAAUACCGUUAAGUUCAAGGAAAAAUUGCAAGAACGAUGCUGUUUUAUAUCAAGAUGGCAAUGCUACAGUUGUCUAUGAACAGUCCUAUGGACCCACAGAAUUUGAUUCAACGCAUUACCUGCGAGAUAUAAGGAAAUUGGCACGUAACGGAGUAGAUGAUCUAAAUUAUCACUUUUCACAAUAUGGAAAAUCCUCCAUUGCGACAGCCAAAAAACUCAAAUCCAUCGCUUUUAUGUUUCUAGAAUAUUUUAUUUCGAUUUACCUCACGGACCUUAUUUGCAUGAAAACGUAUAGGAUAUAUGAAGUACUUAAGUGCAAAAUUCCAACGACGUAUACGGAUCGAUGGCUUCUAUUUAAGAUUGCAAAUAUUGGUGCCCUUUUGGAGAAACUGCUCAAGGAGCGACAAUCUGUGAAGGGAGAAAUGGGUAAAGAAGACUCAAUCAAUGAAAAUGGAUCCGAUUGUGUGCAUAAUUGGUUGUCGAUUCCAGACAACAUUUCAAAAACUCAGCGAAAUUAG